ACCUCCAUAACUCCAUUGCCUUUCGUCCUUCGUCUUCUCGUUCCUCGAUAAGCACGUAAUAAAUAAACAAAUUUCAUUUUUUUCUCGGUCGUCCUCCUCUGCUUCGACUCUCUUCUCCAACUCCGCCUCGGCGUCGUCGUGCGCUUCGAUCUUUCCCAUUUCCAACCGGAGGGGAGGCGUCGGCGCAAUAAUAGGAGGCGCCUUUGUUUCGCCCAUCGCCGGCAUGGGGAACUAGCUUCGUGGCUGGGCCCCACGCCAUGCAAACCAGUGAGACCACCGGGACCGCAUCGCCGCCGGCUGUUGAGCCGGAGGCCGAGGACAAGGUGGAAGAGGGGGCGCGGGCGAAUGAGGAGGCGGCGGCGAAGGUGGGCGGCGACGACGAGGAUGACUGGGAAUCGGAGCAUGAGGGGAGGAGAGGCAGGCGGCAGCGGUGCCGGCGAGGCGGUGCGGCGGGGGACAGCGCCGUGGCCAUGGUGAAGCGGGAGCUGCUCACGCGCUGCUUGACGUGCCCGCUCUGCGACCACCUGCUCCGGCAGGCCACCACCAUCUCCGAGUGCCUCCAUACAUUUUGUAGAAAGUGUAUCUAUAAAAAGCUCAAUGAUGAGGAUCUGGACCACUGUCCAGUAUGUAAAAUUGAUCUGGGCUGCACUCCAGUCGAGAAGCUUAGAGCUGAUCAUAAUAUACAAGAUGUGAGGUCAAAAUUUUUUCCAUUCAAAAGAAAGAAGGUUAAUGCUGAAGAAGCCGAAUCUCCUAUUAUGCUGCCUGUUAAAGUUAAAGAGAGGUCUAUCUCAUCGUUGGUGGUCAAUACACCUAGAGUAACCCCAGCAGCUUUGACAGGGAGGCGAACAAGAGCGGUUACCAGGAAGGCUGCCGCAUUGCGUGGCCUUGGUCCUAUCAUUGUGGAUCCUUUAAAAAAGGACAACGAUAACCCAAAUAAGCAAACUGAUAAUUCAAGCUUGCUAGAUAGCUUGAACAAAAUACCUCAAACAAGAAGACAGUUAUUGUCGAAUGGGGACACAACAAGUCAUCUCUCUGUUAAAGAUAAAGCAGGUGAUAAUAAGGACCUGGAUAAGUCCGAGUUCUGGAAACCUUUGAAUUGUCUUGUAGAAGCUGCAAGCAAAACAAAGCCCCUGACAAGUGCACCAAGGCCAGCUUUGAAGGGAGAUAAGCCCAGAAAAUCUCCGAGUAGUGAUAGCGAACAUUCUAGCAGAACAAAGACUAGGGAGCCUCUUCAGAAGUCCAAAGCUGAAGUUGACAAAAGCGAUCCCGGGCCAAUAGUGAUGCUUAGAAAGAGAGGGCGGCCUGGCCGGAAGAGGAAAAAUCCCCUACCUGAAACAAAUGCAGAUUCCACUGCUACAGCUAUCCAGGCCAGGAAGGCAUUGAGCCCAAUAUGGUUUUCAUUGAUUGCCUCGUUUGACCAGAAAGGUGUCCCUCCUUUGCCUCAGAUACCUGCACACUAUUUGAGAAUAAAGGAUGGGAGCAUACCCGCGUCAUCUAUUCAAAAGUACAUUGUGCAGAAGCUCAGUCUUCUAAGCGAAUCCGAGGAAAUUCUCAAUGAGUCGGCUGAGAAGUCCAUACUUCUCAUGUUGACACAUAAGAAGCUCCAAGCUGUCGAGUCCACUUGGCAAGACUUGGAGAUAGAGAAGGCCGCCAGCUCUGAACUGGCGGACAUAGUUUAGAAGCUGAGAGACCAGCUCGAAGCAAAGUCACUCGAGCUUGAAGGUCGAAAUAAGCUGCUGCGGGCAGACCGUGAACCCUGGGCAACCUGUGCGCAACUUGGUGGAGCGGUGGCUGAGGGUUGGCCCGGCGCGCCCGCUGCACACGGUGAUCGGCUCCUCCGGGGGAGAUUAUGUGAUGGUGAUAAGCUAUGGGCGGCCCAAGUCCGCGUCCUGUUAAAACCAUAUCACCAUCGACGGCCUGGCGAGGUCGAUUCCUAGUUCGAACAAGGGUUGGUGCCGCCGCCGCUGCCGCCGCCGGGGAAGAGGCCGUCGACAGAUAAACUCAAGCAGCGGUAGCGGGCUGCUCUGCCGCAGCAGCUCGUCCUCUCACCGGCGUGUUCUUUAAGGAUCUGUUCGUUCGUUCGUUGUUGCCAUACAUGCACAUGUGAUGGAAGUCGCUGUAAUUUGGUAGUACUUGGUAGGCUGUGAGUGAGAACUGACGUUUAGGUUGGAGGCGAGAUCGUUAACCUGAGCUUAAGUGUUGGGGGCGAUGAGUCCGCCGUGUAUGGGAGAGGCGCUGCUGGUUCAGUUCUUUUUCCUCCGUUUUUUUUUUCACUUCUUGAAGGGAAAAACACACACAAAUACAUAAUGUACUACCUCCGUUUAUUUGUCCUGAACUAAUAUCCAGCCGUGACUGAUUCGGAUCGUUA